AAAGAAAAACCUUCAGACAUAUUAAACAACCGAAAGAAGCUGAACCUUUUGGCAUCCGACAGAACUUCAUCUCGUCAGUUGUUUGCCAAGCCACCAAGAUGAUUCGCCUUUUGCUGUUCUUAUGCACCCUUAUAUUUCUGACAGAACAAGCUCUCUCAUGUGUAGUGGGAAGUUGUUCUGCAGGCAUGGACUGCAUCAGCGUAAAUGGAGCUCUUCAGUGCGUCGAUCCCUGUAGCCACUAUACUGAACUACAUGAUGAUUGGCGCUCAGUGAAUAACACAGACCAGUCCAAUAUAAAGUGUGACCAAAAUAUUAACUGGGAUGGCUGGUAUCGUUUUUAUCUAAACCAGAUCAGUGCUUCUAUUCCUGAACACUGUGUGGAAAAAAACCGAUGUGGGACAAAUGCUCCUUUGUUCAUAACAGAGCCUCAUCCUGCACAGAUCAAUGAAAUUGUGACACGCAAUGUGUGUGGUCACUGGGGCUCUUCCUGUUGUCAGUUUGCCUCAAACUCUAUAAAGGUCAAGCUCUGCCCUGCAAACUUCUACAUUUACAAACUUCAGAAACCAUCUAAUUGCCAUCUUGCUUACUGUGCAGAUAUAGCUCCGCAGAACGUGUUUGAUUUAAAAUCAGUGGGACAAACUGAGACCAGCAUCACUCUACAGUGGGGCAGAUCAAGCAGCAUUGUCAACUUUGUUCUCCAGUAUAAUGGUAUCGAGACACAAGUCGGAGCACAGAGUGGAAGUGGACCGGUAACAUACACCGUUUCAUCCCUCACCCCAGCAACUAAAUACACCUUUACUGUUUCUGAUGUGCUUGGAAAUGUUACAAACCAUGGACUACAACUUACAGCUGCCACUGCUCCUCAAAAUCCAACUGGCCUGCUGUCCUUAAGUGAAGACCAGUAUAACUCUGCAGUGGCAAAGAGAUCUUCUUCAGAGAUAUUCAAUGCAGCUAAGAUGUUCAACCUCACCUUGUGCCCCAUAUUUUUUUAUCAGAACAUGUACCAGCAGGUCUAUGUCAACUUCACCAAUGAGAACUUUGUGAUUUGCUUCAAUGGUUUUUACAACCUCAGUAGCGACGGUGACUGCAUUAUUGGGCCUAAACCGGACUCUGAGGAGGCGAAAUUCAAGAUCAGGGAAAAAGAUGCUUCGUAUGAAGCACAAGUCAAAGGAGCAGUGCAAACCAUCACCAGCAGCAUGAAGUGCUAUGUGCAUUUUGAGUUGAUGUACAUGAACAAAGAAACGGCAGAUGUAAAAGUUGAGGGGAGGCUAGCUGACUCUGUGCCUCUUGGAUUAGCUGACUCUGGUGGAUUUACAGACAUCAGCGGCUGCAGGAUGUCAGGCCUUGGGAUUUUACCCAACUCCACAGUACGUUUCCAGAAAACCUGCUCAACCUUAACCUGCAGUGUCGACAGAUCUGUCACUUCAACAAGCUGUGGAGACCAGGAGGAAUGUGACGGUCAUGGCAGGUGCUUUAUAAACAGGAUCUGCACUGUGACCGGCCCCACUGUGGUCGACUCUCAAGGCUAUCAGAGCUCUGUGACGGAUCGGUGCAUGUACUCUCUGCUGUCAGACUCAUCCAGCAGUUUUGAAGUGCUGGCUAACUUCCAGGAACGUCGCCGUCGGGAUGUGAGCUUUUUGGACCGUGUGAGCCUUCGACCCUUUGGCUCAAAUGAUUACUUUCACCUGGAACAAGGUGGCAGAGUAAAGAUGAACGAGACAUUGUUGACCCUGAACAGUUCAGCCCAGCAGAUUCAGAAUAUUUUGUUAAGCAAGGACAAAACUGGACUGUCAGCAGUGUUUUCAUUCUCUGGGCUGAAAAUAUCAGUGAUGUUUGAUGGCUACACGGCACAGAUCCACAUGAAUGUACCUGUUGGAUCAUCGAUGAAGGGCCUAUGUGUUGACUCCAGGAACAUUUCAAGUGUGAAACGUCUUGAUUUAAGCUCUCCAAGCUGUGAAAGGCAGUAUGAAGAUCCUGUCGACAGUCAAAUAAACUGCAACAUGACAACUGAAUACUGUAACCUGUUAAGAGUCCCCCCCUUCUCCUGCAAUGAUCACAUCGACCCAACUCCCUACAUCAAUGCCUGCAGCAGCACUUUGUGCAAAUAUCCUUCUGUGGACGACCUCAGAUGUCAGUUUCUGUGGGGCUACGCCAGAGCCUGUAGCCUGCAAAGCAACAUAAAACUGGAGGGCUGGUGGUCAGAAGCAGGAUGCUCCGAGCCUCAGGCUUUUUGCCAGGACAAGCUCUGCGGUGAUCAUGAAUUCUGUGGCAACAAGCAUAGUGGGAAGACUGGCUGCCUCUGCAGAGCCCUUUUUGCCUCCAAGUACAAAGUGUCUGGCACUCUGGGUGAGCCAGCGGUCUGCAAGCAGAACUCUGGUUCCAUCACUCUUGUUGGCUGCCUGCUAGAGGAAAAAGGCAUCGACUACUCAGUGUUGCACCUCAACGACCCGAGCUGCAGGGGCGUGAUGGACGAGGAGAGCCACACAGUGACCUUUAGCUUCGACAGCAGCAAUACCUGUGGGACGGAGAUCACGAGAAAUGGCAGCCAGGUAAACUACGAGAACACCAUCAUGACCCAGAAGAGCUCUGAUGUCAUCACUCGCCAUGAUCAGGUGUACAUCAACUUCUCCUGCCACCAUACUCAACCUGAGAUAAAGGUGGUGGAGCUCAGAAUUAAAGACAACUCUGUGGUCCAGCACAUCAAAUCUGGAGAAUGGAGCUACUCUGUGUCUAUGAAAGCAUAUGUGAACGCUGGCUACACAAAACCUAUCGAUUCUGCUGUGCUGCUAAACCAGAAAAUCUGGGUGGAGCUGAAGACCGACGGACUGGAUGCUAACACGGUUGCCGUGGUGAUCGACUCAUGCUGGGCAACCAGCCAGGAAUCAGACAGCAGCAAACCAAGAUAUGACUUGAUUAAUGAUGGCUGUGCUAACCCAAAUGACGGGACAGUGGAGGUGGAAGCAAACGGAGAAGGAACCUCCUGCUACUUCUCUUACAACAUGUUUGAGUUCUCUGGGAGCGCUGGUGAAGUCUACCUUCACUGCAAACUGCAGCUGUGUCUCAAACACCAGAACAACUGUAUUCCGGAUUGCUCCGGUGGAUUUAGGAGAAGACGAAGGUCUGCGACUCUCAGAGAUGGAGACCCAGGCUUCAUCAGCCUGGCCUGGAUUCAUUAGGAGGCUUCCAUGUGAAACUGGACUGAGCGGCCGGCUGCCGACCUUUAUGCUGAUUCCUGACUUCAGUCCUGAUCUAGCAGAUGGGAUGUUUAGAAGUAUUGGGUGUUUCUUGCUUUUAGGAUGGUGCUUCUACUGCUCUUUUAGUAAAUAUAAUCUGGGGAAAUAAAGAAGUAAAUAAUCCUGAAAUAAGCUUUCUGUGGUUUGGAUUAAAUUGGAUGUGGGGAAGCAUGUGGGCUACAUUUAAGCAAAUUAAUUUGUUUUCUUUUAAAGAAUAAUGUUUAUGAUCUUUUAAUAGACAUUAAUGCAUUGCAAACCUUGUACUUUCACUUCUUAGAAACAAAAUGCUAAAAUAAUACAAAUAAAGAUUCCAUGCAGAUUCCA